AUGGAAAGUUUAUUACUGAAAUUCAUCAUCAGUGGUUUGAAUAGGAAUGAUUUAAGUCUCAAUCUGAAUUUUAUGUUACAUCCCCUAGAAAGGGAUAUAAAAACUUAUACAAAUGCCAUUACUAAGCAAAGAUCGGUCUCGGGAAAACCAAUAAGAUGCCAAAACAGCCCACAAGCCAAAAGGGCGUUCCAUUCAAACUACGAUUUGGAGGAAUAA